UUCCUUCUUAACAUGGGCUUUGGGAACUAUAAAUAUUGCAAGCUUUUGUCAUAAUCAUUCAAACCACAAGUUGCUUUAAACUUAAACAGACACAACUUUUCAGUUUUUCCGAAAAAACCCAAUCAACCAACAAACUCACUCAAAAUGUUCAAAUUGAUCGCUGUCUUCUCUGCCAUCUGCGCCGUUGCGUCCGCCGGCUACUUGGGUGGUUAUGGCCAUGGUGUUGCUCUCUCAGCUCCAGCUUAUACUACCUCUUAUCAUGCACCUGCCGUCGUUGCCGCACCAGUUGUUCAUGCAGCCCCAGUCUAUAAGUCAUAUGCUGCCCCAAUUGCCGUAGCUGCUCCAGUCGUUAAAACCUAUGCUCCAGUGGCCACCUCAUAUGCCAAUACCUACAAGGUGUCCGCUAAGGCCAUUCCAGUUGUUCAUGCUGCCCCUGCCGUGGUUGCCGCUCCCGUCUACAAAUCAUAUGCUGCCCCAGCUGUUGUUGCUGCUCCAGCCUAUGGUUAUGGUUAUCACCAUGGUCUUGCCAGUUAUGGUCAUUCGGUCUACCAUUAAACGAAAACAGAAAUAGCAACAUAGAACUCAUAUAGAACGGAAUUGGAAAGUGAUUAUUGCAUAGAAGGACCCCGGUGUUUGUUACAUACUUGCAUACAUACGUAUGUGUGUAUGUAAGGAUACACACACAUGAACGAACGAAUCAUUUCAUCGUUAAAUUAAUUUAAAUCAUCAUCAUGACCUUUUUUUUGUAUUAUUCCAUCUUCAUCUUGUCAUUUGUUAUAGAAAUUUGCAUUCGAAGCGAACGAUAUUUUUGUUUUGUGAAAUUUAAUUUUUCUUUUGUUUAUUUCCACCUUCCUUUUCUCUUUCGAGAGGAAGGAGAGCAUCUAAACUGAGAACUAUCAUUUACCAUUAAGUAUUAGAGAAGAAAGCAAAAACAUCUGUAAACGGAGAUAGAGUUAACAACAAUAAUGAGAGCAUUAUUUGGAAUUCAUGAGAGAUUAAGAGAGAGAGAGUGCAUAGUACAUUAAAAACAAGAACAACUUCUAUAAGUAAUCUUUUAAUUAAUUUCCUAAAUGAGAUUUUGAGUUAUUUCUAGCCAAAUUAUUUGAAUCGAAUGAAUUGCAAUGAAUGUGUUUGUUUCAUAUCUUGUAAAUAAAUAAAUAAAGACGAAGUAAAACUUUUAUACGAAAACUAA